AUGGCGCAACAGCGCGGAGCGGCUGAUGCGGUGAAGGAACCGCAUUCUGUUUCGUUGAAGGUUUUACGACUCUCCAGACCAUCCCUCUCCCUCCAACAUCCCCUCCCAACACCACCGUCCUCCUCUCAAGAUGUCCACCCCAGCCAAACCGCAUCCCUCGCCUACCCCUCAACGACACCCACCCCCUUCAUCCUCUCCCCCCUCCUCACCCUCCCCCCCUCCUUCGGCUCCGCCUACGUAGGCGAAACCUUCUCCUGCACGCUCUGCGCCAACAACGAGAUCCCCGCGUCCACCGCCUCCAAAACCAUCUCCUCAAUAAGAAUCGAAGCAGAAAUGAAGAUACCCUCACAGAAACUACCUAUCCCACUCGUUCUCGGCCCAGACACCUCCACAACCCCAGACCAAACCCACAACAACCCAGUAGCCGAUCUUCCCCCGUCUUCCUCCCACCAACGCAUAGUCUCCUACCCCCUCAAAGAAGAAGGCUCCCACGUCCUCGCCGUCACAGUCACCUACCACGAAUCAACUCCGACCUCAGGCCGCGUGCGCACAUUCCGUAAGCUCUAUCAAUUCACCUCCAAGGGAUGUAUGGUCGUACGCACAAAAACCGGUCCUCUCCCCUCCUCCUCGCUCCGGAAAUGGGCAUUAGAAGCCCAGCUCGAGAAUGUCGGGGAGGAGACGAUCGUGCUUGAUAAAGUGAUUCUGGAGACGACGCCGGGGUUUGUGAGUGAGGCGGUUAAUUGGGAUGGGGAUUGUCCGGUGCUGGGACCGGGGGAUGUGGAGCAAGUGUGUUUUGUGGUGCAGGAGAUUGGGGAUGGGGAGGAGGUGACGGAGGAAGAGAAGGAGAGGAGGAGGGAGAAGGAGGUUAUUGAUGGGAAGUUGAUUUUUGGGAUUUUGAGUCUGGGCUGGAGGGGUGCGAUGGGGAAUCGGGGCUUUUUGAGCACGGGGAGUUUGGGGGCGAGGAUUUGA